UCGAAAUUGACCUACAUUAAUUUUGCACAAAUUCUUUGGAAUUCUUUACAUUCUGAUAGUUUACACGCUAUUUGAGCGAUUAAAACCGACAUGGGCGAUCGACAGUACCAUCUAAAGUUCACAGAGCCCAAUGCAGGCGCAUCUGUUGAUGCAUAUUUGGAGUAUAGAAGAAUUGUUGGGGAUGACGAUGGAGGCAAAACCUUCACCCAAGAAGAAUAUGAUAAUUACAAAAAGAAGGUCCUACCUAUGAGGAUGAAAAACAGGCUUUUUACAAGUUGGUCAAACCCUGAUGGUAUGGACUGCAAAAUGAUUGGACCUGAAACUCCCUGUUUCUGUACCCAUAGAUAUAAACAACAUAAAACUGACUUUGAGUCUGUUCCUUUGCAACGUCCUCUUCAUCUACCAUGCAAGGUGAAAGGCUGUAAAUGUGUAGGCUACCAUUAUGUCCCGUUAAAUGGUUCACAGCCAAUAAGAUGUCGCUGUAAACACUUCGCUGAUGAGCAUUUAGCUGGGAAACCGAACAAGUGUAGAAAGGCUGUAUCCUGUAUGUGUGAUGGGUUCUACAGCUCAUUCACGUGUGGCUGCGGUAACCCCACCUAUAGUCACAAAACAAUCGUAGAGACAAAGGAGGAGCGUGAGAAACGAGGGCAUCCUGUUGGCAUGGCAACACCAUAUCAGGCAAUGGGUGGCAUUACUGGAUUCUCCUCAUUGGCUGAUGGCUAUAUGAGGUUGGAUCCGAGCGGGAAAGGUGCCCCCUCUGAGGAGUGGCUAGACCAAGCUAUAACAUCAGAUGACAAUGCAUUCCUGAAAGCCAAUGUCCAAUCUAUCAGAGCACACAAAAUUGCCAUGAAAGGAAAGAAUCCUGCAUUACCAGGACAUAGACCCUUCACAGCCAGUGGGAAAAUAGACAAACCAGAUUAUGAGUAUGAUAUAGAAGGUACUGACAAGGAGAUGGCGGAGAGAAUGUCUCAGAUGAGGCGUCCUGGGGAAUCUGAACUUGACUACUAUGAUAGACGUUACAAAGAAAAGCAAAAGGAGGAAGCAAAGCGUGCCAGGGCACGUCCUGCCCUUGAUGCAGGUCCAGGCAAGACUGGGAUCAGGAGAGGUGUUGCACCCCCCAAAUCUGCAAAAAGUCGAGCUGACCAGAUAAAGGUUGGGCCAACAAAGACAGCAGCUAAAGGAAAGGGCAUGUCUUGGGAGAUCAACUAAAAGACACUCUGUUUUCAAUAGGCCCAGGAAUAUGGAUAACUAAGU